AGGGAAAUCUCAGCCGGGUCCGUCAUUAAAAGAAAAGUUAGCAGCGAUAACAAAAAGCUUUACAAUGAAGAAUGCUUCAGAUAGGAAAAGAAAGUUGCGGGUCAGGAAAAGAGAAGUAGCAGGGAAUCCUGAAAGAAUGAAAUGCUUCGUCAAAAUGAACGGGGUUCGAGUGAAAUCGACUGGCCAAAAAAAUGGCAAUGGAAAUCAAAUUCAUGACCAACGGGCUCAGUCUUGUCCACCAGCCAGUAGAGGUCCAGAUUCCUUCAACGGAAAUAUUGAGGAGAUGGUAGUCGAUGAUGUUCCUAUAGUGAAAUCAAGGGCAUCUAGAGUUGACUAUCAAACAUCUCAAACUACAUGGAAAAAUCGUAUGGAAGCACAGGAUACAAGAUACAACCUCUGUUCAAAAUGUGACAAAACCAUUCAUACUAAGCAACUCACUCAUCAGCGGAAAUGUGAAGUUAACAACUGCCUUCAUUCGCUUCAGUCCACCGAGUUCCUGACAAAUGAGGGGAACUUAGAAACUCUGAGUAUUAUAAAGUUCCAUUGCCAAUGUUUGUUCCCGACAGAUGCGAGAAUUGCUUUGGGAUUGGCAGAUGAUUUCGAUGCAGCUCUAGAGGAAGACGAUCUGAUUAUGGGAGAUUGUGAGACUGAUGAAGAUGAUUGUUGUGAUUGGUUAAAUGGGGAAGACUGCAACUUCACUACUGAGGCAUAAUUUAACGUAUCAGUUGCCUUCUGUACCCU